UCUCCUUCCUCGGCUGCCCCCAUUCAGUCCCCCCCGUCUCCUCAAUCCGCCCCUGCUUCCUUCGCCUCCUCCGCCUCUCCGCCGAUCAGCCGCGCCGCCGCCUCCCUCGCCGGCGCCCGUCAUCUGGAACCCCCGGUCGCGGGUCCCUUCGUUCCCCGCCUGUCUUGGAGCCGACGGGCCCCGGAUCACCUCCCCUGCCGCGGCCGCUCCUCCGUCAACCAAUCGGCCGCCGCGGCGCGCGGCGCGGGUCCCCGCCUCCACCGAUCUAGGAAGCAAACAAUGUCCAUGGGGAGGGUGGCUACUUGGACUACUGUUGUCAUAACCUAUUAAUAGAGUAAUCAUGAAAGGACCCUGACUUGUAUAGCAGCAAGAUAAUUUAUGACUCAUGCAGAAUGGUAUUUUGAUGUAAGAGUGAAGAUAGAAUGGUUUCAUUUAGAUUGGUAACCAUAGUGUAGUAAUGUAUUGGAGGAGCCGUGCCAUCUAGACAAGCAAGUAGCAUUGUCAGCAAAAAAAACACAGCAACAAUUGAUUUGCCAAAGAAAGGUGCAAACAUCGUAAAUAUGUCUCAAGGAACUUCUCCAUUGCAAAAAGAUAAAGGUCCUACAACAGAACCUGGAAAGGCUGUGGGCAUCAAACGGCUUCAGACUGAUACUCCCUCAAGUCCUGGAUAUCAUAAUGUUUAUGUAAGAAGGAAAGUAGAAUCCGAGCAUAGUAAAGUGAACCCUUCUCAGGAGUUGAAAGGUAAUGGAAGAGACAAAGCAAAAGAGCAGGAGGCACACCAAGAUGUUCAACAUGAGGAGGCCCACAGGCCCCAAGUGGCAUCUCAUGUUGCUGAAUCCGUAGAAAUAGUAUCUUCGAAAUCUCCUGAAAAAACAAAUCCUGAAAUUGUGCCCGAGAAAACUGAGCCACCAGUUGCUUCUGGCACUGCAAUUCAAGAGGAUGUGAAACCGUUAAACAUACAAUACUGGAACGAGAGAUUUAAUCGAUUACAGACAUAUUUGGAGAGCUGUGAUCAUUCGACCCAGGAGGGGUAUUUGCAAAAGCUUAGGUCCCUUUCAGCAGCUGGGCGAAGCAUGCAUGCGAUUGAGCUGGAGAAAAGGGCAAUACACCUCCUAGUGGAGGAAGGGAAAGAACUGCAACGGAUGAAGGCUUUGAAUGUUCUUGGGAAGGUCUCCCCAAAUGCUCCGUCGAAGGCAACACCUUUGCAGCGGCAGUAUCAGAAAUGAGAUACCCAUGUAACAUCAAGAUAGCUGCAAUGCUCAAGUACACUGCCGAAAAGACAUGUUCUACUUUGUCUAGCUCCAGUUUUUUAUGACCCACUUUUUCCGGCCAUGUACUGCAUCUCCUUUUCUUCUUGUAUUUCUUUUUUAUUUUGUUUCACUGUCUCACCACCCUUUGUGACGUGGGUUUGUUGUAAUGAUAUGUAAUUAGUAGUAACCCGUAUAGAUAAUUUUUUCUGUUUAUUCCUUUGUCAUGUACUGGUAAUUUGCGUGAAUCU